AUGUCAAGCCCUCUUCCGGGCAUGUCCGACUCAAUAGAGCACACUCCUUCUGUCGAUCUGUCGGCGCAGGGUCUACAUGCAGCACGCGCAUCCACCUUCAACUCACCAGACGUGCGAGAAUCUCUGAAUACUGAGGCUGCAUCCUUCAAGACCUUGCGUAAUAACUUCUCGGACCUGCCAAAGGACGAGUGGAUGCAAGCCGGAGCCCCGAACAAACAGAUGACUGGUAGUGGAAUUGGACCCGGUCCAACACUGAAGUCUCAAGCAUCCUUCCGUUUCUCUAGCGCCGUCACGAAUCCCGAAGGAAAGCAGAGUAAUGGCGCUUCCAAAUCUGUGAACGACGUGCGCAGGGUUUCUCCCGCCGAGGAAGCACUUCGUCUCACUCUAUCAACCGUCGAUCAUUCUCGUCCGUCAGCACUGAAGUCCCGUGGUUCGGUCCGGGCGAGCAAGUUGUUCAAACACCAGGAGUCUAUGAGCACACAGCUUACAACCGUAGUGUCGCCCAUCUCGGACGGCAACUCCUCAGACAUUGGACAUGUAGAGCCUUCACUGCCGCGUGAGUCACCCCCAGCAAUUCUGGCUCGUGCUCGAGAGCGUGAAGAUGCACCCCAGCGAGGUGGUGAGUUGCAAGCCGAUCCUACUCCUGACAAGUCUUCAAAUGAGUGUGUGUCUUCUUCCGUGAUUUUAAAUGACCGCGCUAUCUCUGAAGAUGUGGACGUCGGAGACAACGCGGCCAAUGAUAGUAUCGCGCUCAAGUCAUCAGACUCAAGCUGGCUCACCUACACUCCAUCCAUUAUCGAUGGCCACGAUUCUACGUCCGGUAUAGUUGCUACGACCGACACUUCGCAUCGGGCUCUCGUGACUCAGAGUCUACCAGCUGAGGAAACGCCCGUCUCGUCGACCAGAGCCACGUUUUUCGAGCUAUCGCAGUCAAACAUACCUGCCGCGGGUCAUGCUCCUAAUUUUGAAAACGAGUCAGAGUCAGCUAUACCACAGGAGCUGAGACUGAGCUCCAUUAUGGAGGUCAUCAACCAGGAGCCUUAUUCUCCAGCUCCUCCAAGCAUGGAAUUCUCUCUCAUCACGGAGCUUAUCAACCAGGAGCCAGUGGUCUUGCAUAGCGCAAGUGGCUUGUCCUUUGCCGCCGUCAGCGCCAUUACAUAUGGCUGCGUGACCAUAGCUGCAAUGCGAUAUGCUCUGUACAACAUCGGCGGCAGUGUGAGAGCUGUAGACCUGGCUUCAGAAAUGGUUCUUGCAGCUAUGAUCGGCUUCAUUGUCUGUGCAAUUCUUCAAUUCGCAGAUGGCGGUCAACUUCGACGCUUGAUCGAUUGUGUACUACGAAUCUUGGGUAACUGA